AUGGUCAUGGAGUCGGUCCCGUUUUCGUAUCAGUUGGAUGACAUAAACACAUCGAUCGCAUCCAAUACGCGGUACCAUGCCGAGCAGACAAGACUCACCUAUCAGAAGCCGAAGCUUCAGAGAAUCAAGCCCCCUCAAACACUCAACUACGGCUCUUCACAGCCAAUGAACAGGUCCAGAACGUCACAGCAAAUUUACACCCAGCCGUUCGAUCAGGUGGCGUCCAUGAUGAGAACGUCAUCGACGCCGUCGCCGGUGGCCAGAUCCAACUCGGACUUGUCGUUUGUCUCGACGCUGUCUGAUCAGCAACUCUCGCAGCUGGGCAACCUGGCCGCGUCGUCGACUCGGUCCAGCACCGCCUCGACAAGCUCGUUCGCAAGAGAUCAGGCAUCAGCCCCACUGAGUUCUGGGUCUUCAGGGUCUGCUGGGUCGCCGUGGAACACCUCAUUGCUGGACAUGAACACAAAAAAUAGCAUCCCUUUCAACUCUACAUGGUCACAGGUUUGGUAA